AACAGUUUCUGUUACUGUCGUUUUGGGUUCGGGCUGGUGUGGGUUUGUUUUUUGCCAAGGUAGCCCCAUUUUCCAGCGGGACUGGGAAGGGUGAGGCAGGCUGCUCUGGGGACCAAGGGAAGGCAGCAGGUAGCGGUGGACGAGCUGUGAGGAGCGCUGCUUUCGCCUGCGAGUCACCGCCGCCCCGAGCUGCGGGGGAUGGCCGUCCACCUCGGGAGAGCGAUCCUGGCAGCCCUUCGUGGCCUGUGAGGAGGGCAGUGGGAGCACGGGCCCAAGGGAAGAACUGAUUUUCCCUCUGUGCUGGGGACAGAACCAGGAGUUGUUUUCUGGAGAACUGUGGAAUGUGCCCUUGGGGACCCAAGAAAACAGAAGGAAGAUGCUGCAGACCAGUAACUACAGCCUGGUGCUGUCCCUGCAGUUCCUGCUGCUGUCCUAUGACCUCUUUGUCAACUCCUUCUCAGAGUUGCUCCGAAUGGCCCCUGUCAUCCAGCUGGUGCUCUUCAUCAUCCAGGAUAUUGCAAUCCUCUUCAACAUCAUCAUCAUUUUCCUCAUGUUCUUCAACACCUUCGUCUUCCAGGCUGGCCUGGUCAACCUCCUAUUUCAUAAGUUCAAAGGGACCAUCGUCCUGACAGCUGUGUACUUCGCCCUCAGCAUCUCCUUUCACGUCUGGGUCAUGAACUUACGCUGGAAAAAUUCCAACAGCUUUGUUUGGACAGAUGGACUUCAAACGUUAUUUGUAUUCCAGAGACUAGCGGCAGUGCUGUACUAUUACUUCUACAAACGUACCGCUGUGAGACUGGGCGAUCCUCGCUUCUACCAAGAUUCUCUGUGGCUGCGCAAGGAGUUCAUGCAAGUCCGAGGGUGACCUCUUCCUCUCACUCUGAUGGAUGCCUUUCCUUCCUGACUGAAGCUAAGUGUGUUGCUCUGCAGGGAGGGGUGGCCCAGGAAACAGCUCAGGCCAAAAGAUGUUUUGCUAAUUGAAGUGUUCCCCAGCAGACUCCAGUACCUAAUCCCUUCAUUGCCUCCUACUUCAGUUUUCCCCCUUUCCUGCCUUUCUGGCUCUGUAACAUUCAUUCUUUCUGACCACCCCCCUACCCCAAUCCUUAUUUCAACUUCCUCGGAGCUCUGUGGCCCUUACCCUUGUCAAUCUUCCUUUAGCCUGGGACAGAAGGACCUCCCAGCCCCUGCUUUCCUUACACCACACAUGAGUGAUGGAAGGAUGCAAAGAGAUCAUUUUGUGCUCCUGGCUAAUCACAUGAUCAGAUUUCGAUCUUAUACCCAAGGCACUUUGUUUACAUUUUAUAAAUAGGAAAUAAAUUGAAUUCUUUUUCCAUAAAUAGUAGAGUCUGUCUGUCUAGCUAGAUUUCGUCACGAUUAAGAAGUGUGCUCAGUCCAAGCUUCAACAUCUUGCCUGGAGGGUAGAUUGAGCCCCAUUUUGAGUAUAAUUUUUUUUUUUUUAAGAUUUAUUUAUUUGAAAGGUGGAGUUACAGGGAGGCAGAGAGAGAGAGAGAGGUCUUUCAUCCGCUGGUUCACUCCCCAAAUGGCUACAACGGCUGGAGCUGUGCUGAUCCAAAGCUAGGAGCCAGGAGCUUCUUCCAGGUCUCCAGCGUGGGUACAGCGGCCCAAGGACUUAGGCCAUCUUCCACUGCCUUCCCAGGCCAUAACAGAGAGCUGGAUCAGAAGUGAAGCAGCCAGGACUUGAACUGGCGCCCAUAUGGGAUGCCAGCACUGCAGGCGGCGGCUUUACCGUCUACACCACAGCAGCAGCUUUACCCUCUGUGCCACAGUGCCAGCCCCAAGUAUAAGGUCUUUUGCAGAAACUUGAGAUGCAAUCUGGGUCCCCCCCUCAACACACACACACACACACACACACACACACCUGGAGUUCUAGACUCCUGGGUUUCAUUCAGACUUUCCCUUUGAGAAGGGUAAACUGCCCUCGGAAUAGUAAAAAUGUUUCUUAUCCUGUUUUGGCAAAAGGAAUAUUUUAAAUACAUAAACCCAUGGUAUCAGUUUUCUAUUGCCAGACUUCAGUGGCACACAUAUAAACAAUUUCUUGGCUCUUGAGAUGCGGGCUUCAGCUAAUCUGGGUUGAGUCCAGGUGCUUGCUAACAUUGGACAAGAGCUGAGCCCAGAUUUUCAAAGGAAGACAGUAACCAUCUGUGAUCAGCUGUGGGUCAUCUGGGCAGAUGUGAUGAUCUUGGGAUCCUUUAGUUCUUGGCUAACCCAGGAUGACCUCCUCUGGAAAAACUCGUUACUUAACUCUGGGGCACAUGAUUCACCCACCCUCGGACUAGCCUUGGUCUGUUCAUAUGACAGUGCAGAGGACUGAGAGCUCAAGCCCACUGGGUACUCCUAUUUCAAGUCUCUGCUUCUGUGUCUCAGACUCCCCAUUAGUCAGAGUGGUCAGGUGACUAAGGCUAAUAUCAGGGUGGGAAUCAUUUGCAAAGCUUCUGGAUACAGAGGGGUGAAGAAUGGAGUUCAUUAAUUCAAUCUUACCAGAGAGGCAGUCUAUGAAACUUGUUAUUCAGAGAUGCUGUAACACAAGGGUUGGCAGAAUUUUCCUGUGAAGGGCCAGACAAUAAAUAGUUUUGAUUCUGAGAGCAUAACUAUUCAACUCUGACAUUAGAACAUGAAAAUAACCAUCAACAGCAUGAUAGAUGAAGGAAUACGGUUGUGUCCCAGUGUAACCAUUUAUGGACACUGAAGUUUGAAUGUCAUGUAAUCUCCAUGUGUCACAGAAUAUUGCUCUUUUUUUUAAUUUCUUUUUUGACUAUGGAAGGAUGUAAAAAUUAUUCUUAGCUUGUGGGCCAUGCAAAAAGUCUGAUGUGACCCCAGGCCAACUCCUGCUUUAGAAACCUGGAAUAAAUUUACAGAAACAGAUAGGAGAUAGUAGAGGUAAUCAGAUGUUAGUGUUUUAACAUAUAUUAUAAAAGAAAAGGUACAGCAUUCAAAUGGAGUAUCUAAAGCACUAGCCUCAUACACAGUAAUUAGAAUAAGUGAUCUAAAGUUGGAAAAAAGCCACUAUCUACAUUUACUAUUCCUUUAUCUGUGAAAAAAAUGGAUGAUAUGGGGCUGGUAUGGUGUAGCGGGUAAGGCCACCACCGUAUGGGUGCCAGCUCGUGUCCAGCUGCUCUACUUCUGGUCCAGCUCCCUGCUAAUGGCUUGGGAAGAGCAGUGGAGGAUGGCCCAAGUGCUUGGGCUCCUGUACCCAUGUGGGAGACUCAGAUGAAGGCCCUAGCUCCUGGCUUUGGCCUGCCUCAGUGCUGGCCAAUGCAGCCAUCUGAGGAGUGAACUAGUGGAUGGAAGAUCUCUCUAUCUCUCCUCUCUCUCUGUAACUUUCAGAUAAAUAAUCUUUUUAAAAAAUUAACAAUAUCUGAUUUUGAAUCUUUUCAUAAAAAAAGUUAGAAGAAUAUCGUAAUCCCCUUUGCCCAUGUUAAAAAAUUCUGAGACCAAGGAAUCUGUGAGGUAAAAGGGUUUACUUAAGCUAUUGCAGAUGCCAGCCAGAAAAAGGACCUGGUCCUGGGAUAAAUUUCUGCAGCCUACCAGCAGCAAAGCCAGGUAAUAGUUGGAAAAAAUGUCCCCUGGACUAGAACAAAGCAUUUUUGUUAAUAAUGAAAACAAGGGGGACGGAAGAACUAAGUUGUUUACACUGAACCCACAUUGGCUAUAGAUGAAAGGGACAGGAUUACAGCAAGUGGGAAAAAGCCUUGGGAUAGGAGGGCAGUAACUGUUGCUUCUAGAUUGCUUAGGGUUAACAUUCCAGAAAGUGUAUAUGAAACCAUGCAGUGGGUAAACAGGUUGCCUUGGCCCUGCUGGGAUUUAGUCAAGAUUUCAACAUAAAUAGUCUUUUUGUUGGUUUUGCCUGCAGCUGUUAACUGAUUAACUUCACUUAUCUUCCCCACCACUAUCCUCCAGCCCUUGCAGUUUAAAUUUGGGAUACCUCAAAAUCUUCUAUCACUCACCACAAAAAAAAAUUUUUAAUAAUUAUUUAUUUAUUUAAAGGCAGAGUUACUGAGAGGGAAAGGCAGAAGCAGGGAGAGAGAGCAAGCCAGCUUCCAUCCACUGGUUCACCCUCCAAAUGGCCGCAACUGGCUGGGCCAGACUGAAGCCAAGGGCCAGGAACUUCAUUUAGAUCUCCCACAAGGGAGCAGGGGCCCAAGUACUUGGACCAUCUUCUAUUAUCUUCCCAGGCACCCUAGCAGAAGCUAGAUCAGAAAUGGAACAGCAGGCAGUGGUUUAACCUGUUACACCACAGCACCGGCCCCUCAUCACCAACUCUUAAAGAUAGAUCUUUUAGGGGCAUUUGGCUUGUGGUUAAGACACCCACAUCCCGUUUUGGAAGGCCUGAGUUCAGUACUCACCUCUUGCUCCUGACUCCAGCUUCCUGAUGAUGCUGACCCUGGCAGUUCAAGUGAUUGGCUUCCAGCCAUCCAUUUUAGAGACCUAGAUUGAGUUCCUCGCUCCCUGCUUUCACCUCUGCCCAGCCCAGGCCAUCACAGGCAUUUGGGGAGUGAACCAGUGGAUUGGGAGUGUGUGCUGCCUCCUUCUUUGUCUUCCUCUCACAGAAGCAGACAAAAGAUAAA